AUGAUGUCGACGCCAACAGACGUCCAAGAGGCUUCCUCGAACGAUCGAGAUGCCGCCUCGGGCUCGUCGGUCAUUCGUGCGAUCCCCUCGCACGAUGUUCACCGCAUCACCAGCGGACAAGUGGUGCUCGAUCUGCAAACAGCGGUCAAGGAACUCAUUGAGAAUGCACUCGAUGCAUCUGCGACCAACAUCGCCAUCAACUUCCGAGACUACGGCGCUGACUCUUUCGAUGUGGUAGACAAUGGCACCGGCAUCGACGCUUCCAACUAUGCCUCGGUCGCUCUAAAACACUACACCAGCAAGCUCUCUUCCUUCUCGGAUCUUUCCCUUGUUCGCACCUUUGGUUUUCGUGGCGAGGCUCUCUCCUCUCUGUGCGCUCUUGCCAAAGUGACCAUCCACACCGCCACUUCGGACCAGGCACCUGUGGGCACCAUCCUGCAGCUUGGCAAAUCGGGCAAGGUCGAGAGCGAUGCGGGAAGAGCUGCGAGGCAGAGAGGCACCACGAUUACCAUCGAGGGGCUCUUCAAGACGCUGCCUGUCCGUCGCAAGGAGUUCGAAAAGAACCUCAAGCGCGAAUACACCAAAGCACAAAAUCUGCUCCAGGCUUAUGCUCUCAUUACCAAGGGUGUCCGUUGGACAACUACCAACGCCCCGGCAGGUGGUCGCAAGACACCGCAAUUCAGCGUCAAUUCGUCCAGCUCGAAAAACUUUCUCUCGGCCAACGUCUCGGCCCUGUUCGGCGCAAAGGUGGUCCCAACACUCAUGCCACUCAACCUCGAGCUCACUUUCUCCGUCGCCAGGUCUCGCAGCAAGCUUUUACAGCAUCCCGCAGAUGGCGACAUGAACCAAGGCGAAGAAGGAGACGCGACAAGUGAGGACACAUCGACGGUGAACGUUGUCGGGCUGAUCAGCAAGCCAACUUACGGCUCUGGUCGCACCUCGUCCGAUCGACAAUUCUUCUACAUCAAUGGACGACCGUGGGAGGCAGGUCGAGUUAGCCGAGCUUUCAACGAGGUGUACAAGUCUUUUAAUUCCCAUCACUUUCCCUUUGUCAUUGCUGACUUCAGGCUACCGACAGACUCGUACGACGUCAACGUCAGCCCGGACAAACGCACCAUCUUUCUGCACGAGGAGAGCCGCCUCAUCGAAAAGGCCAAAGAAGCGCUCGAAGAGCUGUUCGCUCCUAGUAGGGCCACCUUCCUGGUCAACGGAGCCAGCCAUUCGCUCCGCAACGGAAGCGGUGUCACGACGUUGAGCGCACAAUCUAGGCUCAGUGGCUUCGCAGCGAAGCCGAAGGACGCCUCCACGGCGGACGAAUCAGAACAAGAUACGUCAGUGCAUUCUGCAGGCGAAGUCAGUGCAGAGGACCAGGAGGACGCACAGUCGGCGGAGGAUGCAGAUGGCAGCCACGAGGACGACAAUGAUCUUGUCUCAUCACGCUCUCGCACGGUCACUUCUGACGCCCACGACCUCGAAUAUCGCGAGGACUCGAGUUCCCUUCCACCGAUCGCCAGCCGCGAGGGAGCACAGCAUGUCGAGGACGAUGACAGCGAGCCCGAAGUGUCAGCACCGCCAGCCGUCGGAUCGUCGUGUCCGGAAGAGAUUGCAUCGAAACGCAACUUCAACGAAGCUCUCGACACGAGCCAGGCGUCUCGGUCGCCUGCCAAAAAGCCGCGCACAGCGGAGCCUUCCAAGCAAGCAGUCGACACUUCGAUCUUGGGUCGCUCGCGCAAAGAAGCUCGAAAUGUCUUGGCAUCACUCAAAACCUUCGCACUGCCUGGAACGCAGCUUGAUGAUCUGGCAGUCUCGAGCAGGAUGGCAUUCGCAGAUCAGGACCAAGACUCGACUCGAACGGGAGUUGGGAUGGAAGAGGCAGACGCGGCGGCUGAGAACGGCCCAGUAUCGGAUUGCCACGCAGGCCGAGUGGAUCAGGAAGAUGAGGAAGAUGAUGAGCAGCUUGAAGAGGCAGCUGAGGAGCCUUUGUCCAACAAGCUCGCUGCGAUGCACAAGGAAACACUCGGUCAUGACCUCGCUGACCACGAAGAGGUGAUCUCAGUUGACUUGGAACGUCUCCGACGCCGUCUUCAGCAGCGACGCGCGUCGCAUCUAUCCGCUUCAUCUGGCUUGCCUGCCUCUGGGGAGGAGCAGCUACUGCAAGGCGCUGGUGUAGAGAAUCAGGACGAAGCGCAGGUGGAGAGGGCACUCUCGCGCGUCAUCCACAAGCGUGAUUUUGCAGCCAUGGACGUGGUGGGUCAGUUCAACCUCGGCUUCAUCAUCGCUCGGCGUCGCACCGUGCCCGACGUCACCACGUCAGACGAGAUGGAUGAUCUCUUCAUCGUCGAUCAGCACGCCUCGGACGAAAAGUUCAACUUUGAGACGCUGCAGCUGACCACGCAGAUCCGAUCGCAGAAGCUCAUCGUACCGCGUGGGCUCGAGCUUUCUGCCUCUGAUGAACUGGUAGCCAUCGAACAUCAAGAGACACUGCUGGCCAAUGGCUUUGAGAUUGCGGUCUCUGAGACGGGUCUUCCUGGCACAAGAGUCAAGCUCGUAGCGCAGCCCAUGAGCAAGGCCACCGUCUUUGGCGUCAAGGAUCUCGAGGAGCUCCUGUAUCUGCUCCGAGACACGACGGCAGGCUCGGAGGCGGCCAAAGGCAUCCGAUGCAGCAAGGCGAGGGCCAUGUUUGCUAGCAGAGCCUGCCGCAAAUCGAUCAUGAUCGGCACUGCUUUGAACAAGGGCAGGAUGAAGUCCAUCCUCAACAAUAUGGGUACCAUCGAGCAGCCUUGGAAUUGCCCACACGGUCGUCCGACGAUGCGUCACCUGGCGUGUCUCAAGACGCUCGACGCUUUAGGAGAGGCGAAGAAGGCGGAAGACGAUGCCGGUGCCAAUCCUGGCUGGGAUGAAGUCGUUCAAUGUUUUGGCUAA